GAAUGUGUAGUUGUGUCAGUUUUAUUGCAACAAAUAUGUUGUGUCAAUGUCAAAUUCGUUCAUCUGUCAUCACAGGCAAAUGUGUAGAAUUAUUUAAUUUAAUAAAUUGUAAAAAUAUAUAUAUUAUUAUUAUGACUAGAUUUACAUUCUAACUUAAUUGUUGUAACAAUGGGGGAAUAAAUAUCUAAAUAUAAAUGCCCUCCAGAUUGCAGUAAGGUUAAAUAACCUACACAGUUCCUUCGUCUAAUCACAUUUUAUUAGACAUUAUUCUUAAUUACAAUAUUAAGUGUACACGACAUAUAUUAAUUAAAAUGUUGACAUAAAAUACAUGUGAUAGAUACUCUUAACAUGUCAUACCUAAAGAUCCUUCAUUGUACCCUAUGUAUUAAAAAUGGAACAGUCAAUUUAUCUGCUAAGUCAAUGCUCCUAAAAAAUUCUGGCUAUAAACCAAUCCAACAGCUAGCGAAUAUAUCUUUGUCCUGUCAUCUUAGUAAUAAUUCCCCUUUGACUACUCCUAUUGCGACAACAUCGACGAAGAAAAAAAAUAAAAAUGUUCCUCAAGAUACAAGAGUGUGGAAAGAAACUCCGACUCUCGAUGUUAAGAAUAAUAUUGUACAAUAUUCCAUGAUGCUUUCUAAAUUUAGAUUAACUACAUUAGUAGUCAUGACGUCAAUGGCAGGUUAUGCACUUGCCCCCGCCCCAUUUGACGCAACAACAUUUGCACUAUGUACUUUGGGCACUGGUCUCAUGAGCUCCGCAGCAAACUCCAUCAAUCAAUAUCAUGAAGUCCCGUUUGACGCACAGAUGUCUCGGACCAAAAACCGAGUACUUGUAAAAGGAUUACUAGAACCAGCACAUGCCAUAGGCUUUGCAGCAAUGUCAAGUAUUACCGGUUUAAGUUUGCUAUAUUUUGGUGUAAAUCCCUUAACUGCAGCACUGGGAGCUGGAAAUCUUAUUCUUUAUUCCUUUAUUUAUACGCCAUUAAAAAGAAUAUCUAUAACUAAUACUUGGCUUGGCUCCAUUGUGGGCGCGAUCCCGCCGCUCAUGGGCUGGGCGGGGUGCGCGGGCUCGCUGGACGCGGGCGCGCUGGUGCUCAGCGCGGUGCUGUACUCGUGGCAGUUCCCGCACUUCAACGCGCUGUCGUGGAACCUGCGCCCCGACUACUCGCGGGCUGGCUACCGGAUGAUGGCCGUCACCGACCCCGCACUGUGCAGAAGAGUGGCUCUAAGACAUACAGGCAUAAUAACAGCAACAUGUCUGGCUAGUUCUUACCUUGGAGUAACCAAUAUGUGGUUCGCAAUGGAGUCAUUACCACUUAAUAUUUAUUUUAUGUACUUAGGAUGGAAUUUCUACAAAAAAUCGGACAGUAAUAGCUCAAGGAAACUCUUCAGAUUUUCUCUGAUACACUUGCCAGCCCUAAUGUUACUAAUGUUAGUCAAUAAGAAGUAUUGGGGUUCAAGUGAAACAGAUGAACAAAAAGAUUCCUUAAAGAUUCAAGAUGGUAACAAGCAUACAGAGUCUAAAAGAAUUACAUCAGUAUUGCCUAGAAGACCUGUUGUUGCAGCACAGGAUUCUGUUGUAGAAAAAUGCUCUACCGCUUAGUCACUACUUAAAAGUAGACAACUUUUGCUGUAAAUAUUGUACAAUUUAGUAUUGUGAUUUUAUUUUUAGAAUUGAAUGUAAGAUAACAAAUCACCGAUUAUCGAGAUUGUUAAGUUAUAUGUUUGAUUUCGGUAAAGUAUGUGCUUAAUAGGAAAAAAGUUGUUAAUGAAAUCGACAAAUAAUAAAUUCUUAUAUUUAUUUUGUU